AGGCUAAUAUCUCUCUCCUGUGCACACACACCUCCUCAAUUCACUCUCCCUCUCUCACCCCCUAAAAUAAGACUGAAAAAAACACAAAUCCAAUCAUAUCCAAUUCCAAUCUCUGAAUCCGAAAACCAAAGAAUUCGAUUUCUAUCCUUUUCCUUUUCCUUUUCCUUGUCAAUUUCUAUUUCAUUUUUUUCCAUAUGUAAUGCAUCAGAAGAAAUCAGAAAUCCAAAUCGGAAAAGAAAGCACCGGCAUCUCUUCCGAUUUCUCAACUACGUUAAACCCGCAAUUUCUCAUCCUCCACCACUUCCAACAACAAAAUGACCCAAUUACUCCUCCUUCUCCUCCCUGUUCUUCCCCAACUCCUUACAAAAGACCUCUCUUAACGACCACGACCACGACCACGACCCCUCACAGCCAAACCCCUCAUCGUUCCGAUUCACUCUCUAAAUCCCCUACUAUUUACCAUUUUUCCACGACCCAUCAACCCCAGUCUCUCUUUUCCGUCUCCACUGCCGUUAAAGCUGCCGCCUGUCGAUUUCUUUGCCCCCGUUUGGCUCGCCUGAAAGUGCACCUCCGCUUGAUUCUCUUGCUCUCGCUUCCCUUCUUUUAUUUCCUGGUUUCGCAUCCGAGUCAUUCGUUUUUGCUUGAUUUUUUAUCUGCUUUUGCAUUUUCUGCUGCUUUGUUAUUGUCUCUUAAUUUAGCUUUGCCAAGAUUGCCUUCAAUUCGACUGUUUUUAUCGCGGUCAUUUGCCAUUAAUAAGCUUAGGAACUCAGCAUCCAGACAUCCUUUACCGGUGUUUUGGUCAAUUGGAUCGAAGCCAAAACCGGAGAAAAGGGCGACUUCGGGUUGUUUUGUUCAGGAUUAUAGUAACGGAGACGUUUAUGAAGGUGAAUUUCAUAAGGGAAAGUGUUCAGGAAGUGGGGUUUAUUAUUAUUAUUUGAGUGGAAGAUAUGAAGGUGAUUGGAUUGAUGGGAAAUAUGAUGGCUAUGGAGUGGAAACUUGGGCUAGAGGGAGUCGGUAUCGAGGGCAAUAUAGGCAAGGACUUAGACAUGGAUUUGGGGUGUAUAGGUUUUAUACAGGAGAUGUUUAUGCCGGUGAAUGGUCUAAUGGACAAAGUCAUGGUUGUGGAGUUCAUACUUGUGAGGACGGGAGUCGAUAUGUUGGUGAAUUCAAGUGGGGUGUUAAGCACGGACUCGGGCAUUACCAUUUCAGAAAUGGGGAUACAUAUGCUGGAGAAUAUUUUGCCGACAAGAUGCAUGGCUUUGGUGUCUAUCGUUUUGCAAACGGGCAUCGGUAUGAGGGAGCCUGGCAUGAGGGUAGAAGGCAAGGCCUGGGAAUGUACACAUUCAGAAAUGGGGAGACUCAGUCUGGUCACUGGCAAAAUGGAAUUCUUGAUGUCCCAAGCACGCAGAACACCUCUCAUCCUGUAUCUCCGGUUGCUGUUUAUCAUUCCAAAGUACUCAAUGCAGUGCAGGAAGCAAGACGGGCAGCGGAAAAGGCUUAUGAUGUUGCAAAAGUUGAUGAACGAGUGAAUAGGGCAGUAGCAGCAGCUAACAGGGCAGCUAAUGCAGCUAGAGUGGCAGCAGUUAAAGCUGUUCAGAAACAAAUGCAUCAUAACAGUAACAAUGAUAACAUUCCGAUUCCAUUUGUGUGAGACUUCCAUACUUGAUCAUUAAUUAGGCAAACUACCAACACCGUGACAAGAGAAUAUGGCUUUGUGGUUCCUUUUCAAAAACUUCAUAGCUUGGACAACCAUCUUCUCUGCAGCCUAUUCUUUCUUUAAGAGGCUGUAACCUAAGAUUCAAACUUGGAGUCCAUGUUUGAACAGAGGGAGCUAGUGUGGAGUCUUGUUUGCUUUGACAUCAUGUAUACAUAGACGAUACUGCUAGCAAGCAGGGGUGGGGGGGCUGUCUAUUCGAGGCUUUUUUUUGCUUGUAGAUUUGUAUAGAUGAGUUAGAUGUAUUGUAGUAUAAGGGAGCUGGUGGUGCCCAGAUGAAACCUCAGCCCAUCUCAAUGCUGUAAGUGAACUUGAGUAUAUCAUCAAUGAGAUAUAAUCAUGCUCCUUUCGCAUGUUAAAUA